AUUCAUGUCUCUCAGUGUUCAGGAAAAACAAGUUGUUAGACAUUCUGUCUUUUUCUCUCUUCUUCUUUUUCUCACUCUGUCAUAUCCUCUUCUCACUGGCAGUCUGUUUUUGAUGUCCGAGUGAGAUUCCAUUCUUCCAUUCUGUCUCUAUAACUCGCCUCUCUUGUUGGUUUGCUGUUUUGGUGGUGGUGACCCCUGUGUUAGACCAUGGGAGAUCCAAUAGCUUUCUCCGUCCUAAACAAGAGACUGAGACCACAGUUCACUGCCAUGGAACGCCUCUGCUACUCCCUGGACACACUGGAAGAUGGACCACAGCGGCCUGGCACGGUCAGGGGUGGUUCAACCACACGGUCUACAAUACUGAGGGAUGUAUCACAAACACAGGACGAUUCAAGCUCAACCACUACCAAACCAGAGCAGGAGGAUGUGGUAACAGAAGGGUUGAUUUCCCUGACUGAAGAGGGGGACAUCGGUCCUGAACCGUUGGCCAUGUCUAUGAUCAAGGAUUGUUCAAUGCUGUUCCUGACAGUAGAAGAUGCUGGUCCUGAUGGGUCUGGUGAGCUGGCCGUGGUCAGGGACAGUUUGACCGUAGCGAGUGACGGUCCAGAUGGUUUGACUGUGGUCAUUGAGGGAGACGGAGACAGUUCUGAUGCGGUCAGUGAAGAUAGGAGCACGUCCAGACGGAGCUACAUAGAUGGGAUGUUACCGGACCUUAUCAGGAGUGGACGACCGCUCAACAGACGCAGGACACUAGGGCCAGUCUCAGACACGUUGAAGGAGGUGCGUCGGGAGGUGGAGCUCUCUCGGAGGCGCAGUCUGAAGCUGAAGGCUCAGGUGGAUAAACUACAGGAGAACAGAGAGGGAACGGGAUGGAGUCAACACAGAGCGAAGGUUACAGAGGAGGUUCACUCCAUUCUGAGGUUGUUGCUUCCUUUGACAGGAUCCAGCCCAGUAGAACCGUCUGGUCAGGAGAACAGUCUGGAUACAGCACUGGUUCUGCUGCAGAACGUGGCACGCAAACUAGCAUUGAACCACACAGCACAGGAUUCCAAGUCCGGGGGUCGUAGAGAAAAUGAUGUGGAUGGCAGUGCUGUUCUACAACAGGCACUACAGGACAGAGACGAUGCCUUGGAGAAGAAGAAGGCCAUGGAGGCGGAGCUUCUUCGCAGUAAGACAGAGAUGAUGUUACUUAACAACCAGCUGCUGGAGGCCGUGCAGAAAAGACUGGAGCUCGCUUUGGAAGUAGAGGACUGGAAGGACGAUGUCCAGAUGAUCCUCCAGCAACAGCUCCGGAGCCAGCAACAACAGGCAGCAGAACAAGCCCAGAGGAAGCCGUCCCGUCUGGGGCUGCUGAGGAGGACCAACAGACCCCCCCUCCAGAGGCCAGCCUCUACCCCCUUGACCUACACCACUGGACAGGUUCCCGUUAGUACCCGCGUCCCUUCCCCCUCUCCCACCCCCCAAUGUACCCCUGUCACCUGGAGGGACAGGCUGAAAAGGGGGAAGGUGGGUCGUCAUAGUGGCCAGGAUGCAGAGCAGGCAUUGCAGGCAUCGCGGUCGUCGAGCGGCAGCAGACUGGAGGAGGGGUUUCAUACCAUAGACUUAUAAUAACACAUCAUACACAAAAUGAUAUGCAUUUAAGGGAGGGAUACAACUCAUAUCUAUGUACUGUAUUUACUGGUAGCUACUUUAUCAAUCUUUCUAACUGUGGAUUCUUACUGGGAGAGAUACAUUGAGCUGAUAGUUAGAUACAGAAUCACAAGCAGAUUCAUUCUCCAAUCUACUAGUACUGUGCACCGCUCUGAUCUGUUUGGCUUUAGGAAAAUAUUUUUCAGAGAAUUAUGUCUAUUGGUGCCUGGAUACUACAUUUAGGUUGGAGAUUUUCCCUCCAACUCUAGGCAUACAUUUUCUAUUGUAAUGACAAGCAGUCAUGUUGACUGUAACACGUGUCUCUGAUUAAAGGGGCAAUCCUUAGUUGCUAGGGCAACAUACAUUUUUGGACAUAGAAAUGAAUGAUAUCUGCCCAUUGAUUCUUGAAGAAUAUAACAUAUAAAUGCAUAUCAAUGCCUAAUGAGCUUAGUUCAACUGUCAUAGUCCAUCAGAACCCAAAAUAUAAGCUUGUUUUACUCCAAUGUUUGUAAAUAUAAAUGUAAACAAACAGGGCCAAUUGCAACCACUGAUGGCCACUAGAUUAUCGCCAGCCGAUCUCUCGUUAAACCAAAAUUUAUGUUGCUGUAGCAAAUAAGGAUUGACCCUUUAAUCAGACUAAGAGAUUGGAGAAUGAGUCUGCUUGUGACUGUGUAUCUAACCAGAGGGUGAAAUUGAGAGGUGGCACCACAGGUUCCAAAGUGGUGUGGCACUGGUCAGGUAAAACUCUGGGCCCUAUUCGUAGGCUAUGAUAAAAUAUUAUUAUUAUAGAUAGAACAGAUGAAAAGGGAAGCUAUGAAUAGGGCUGGAGUUUUUCUUGUCAAGACAUGUGAAUUGGAAACACUCCUGGCCUAAGGUGAAUCAAACCCUUUCAAACUCCUACAAACCUUGUUAUUGUUCAUUCUGAAGCCUUUAUGUAUGGCAGAGUUACAUUUAGCACUAUACUCAGUAUAAUUUGUAACAAGCCAGGGUUACAUUUAAUAUUAUACACAGUAAAAUUUGUAACAAUGUUUUUUUUAAUGUGUAAGUCAUAAAACCACUAACUUUGUGUCAUUGUCCUGGUCUCCAUCUGGGCUACCAGAGGUUGGAUCCCUGCUUCUCACUGUUGGAACUGAUUGCCUGUAAAAUCCAUAUUGUCAAUCAUUAAAUCAACUACUUUAAACAUU